AGACGCUGCACGCCCGCCCGAACACGACGCAGCGGAGCGUUGCGUGCGAUGGGUCUGGGCUCAGUGCGACUGUCAGUCGGCCGGGAGAUGCCGAUUACGACACCUCGAGGAGUCAGUUCGGAUCUGUCAUGGCGUCGUCGGCCACGGCCGACGCGAGGACGAAGCCGCAGAUGAUCAUCUUUUGCAGCUCGGACGCCCACGUCCAGGAGGCGGUCUCCCUCGCCGAGACCUGUGGCUUCACCAUCUCGGUGCGGAGCGGCGGGCACAACUAUGAAGGGAACGAAGAAUGACCCUACUCCUCCUGUCCGGAGAGCAGCCCGCAGUGCAUCCAGGUGGACCUGUCUGCCAUGGAGACGUUCAGCGUGGACUCGACGACAGUCCCAGCGCAGGUCACCCUUGGCGUCGGGCUUACCCUGGAACAGGUUUACGCGAACCUCAUGCCAUAUGGGCUUGCCAUUCCGGCUGGAAUUUGCAAAGGUGUUGGCGUCGGUGGGCACUUCCAGUCCAGUGCUGCUGGUUACUACCAGAGGGCCUUCGGCCUCGGCAUGGACAGCGUGACAUCCUUCAGGAUCGUCCUGGCCGACGGAGCGGUGCAUACGAUCACCGAGAGCUCGGACCCAGACUUGUACUGGGCAGUGCUGGGGGGUGGGCCGGGCAGUUGGGGGAUCAUCUUGGACUACACGGUGGAUGGCUUUGCAGACGCGGACUACCCGCAUUUCCAAACGUUUACGUUCUUGUACCCAUACUCCCGCGCGGCGCUGCACCUCACGGGGAGCCUGUACAGCAGCCAGAUGGCGGAUACACUGGUGGAGAGGGACUUGUUGAUCGUGUACCUGGUGCACCCAGGUGUGCUGAUGGGCAUUCCGGGGUCCACUAAUGAGCACUACAUCAUGAUACGAUUCGUGUGGAUGGGCAUGGACAAUGGUGCGUUGACGGGCUCGCUGUACGACACGUAUGCGAAGCCAUGGGUUGACAUACCGCACAUGACGCUGGCUCCUCUCAUGUCGCUGCCGAUCUCCGUGUUUCCCGGUGCUGUGGCGUCAGCUUAUGAUUUGGGCCCUUUCCGGUACCAUAUUCACUCCUUUGGAGCGAGGUCGUGGCCUGACACAGCAUUUUUCGAGCAGGUGGCAGACGAGCUGGACGCCCGCGUCGCAAUCCCCAACCUGCAUUUCUCCUUCCAGUUCUUUCCUUUCGGUGGCCAGAUGGACAGGAACGCGGGCAAGAAUGCGUACGCCCUCAGGAAUGUCAAGAACUGGGUCGAUGAUUGGGUCUUCUUCUUGGGUGACAGCCUGGCUCAGGUCGCCGAGGAUCGAAUCGUGGCCUUCCGGGCAGCAACCGGCCAUCACUGGGCAGAGGACAACGUCCCUCACAGCUUCAUGACCCCGGACACGCUUGUCAACAAUACCCACAGCUCAGCUGCUGACUUCGCCAUGAAUGAGAGCUUCUUCGCACGCCUGCAGGAUGUGAAGACCAGGGUCGACGCCGCCGACAUCUUCCACAUGGAAGUGACGAUACCGCCCACCGCCUCCUCGGCCAGCGCCGUGGGAGACCCCCACCUGCAGAACAUCCACGGCGAGCGGUUCGACCUGAUGCAGCCCGGCAGGCACACCCUGCUCGAGAUCCCGAGGCGCGCGGCUGCGGAGUCCGUGCUGCUGCUGGUCGAGGCGGAGGCGCGCCACGACGGCCCCGCGUGCGCGGACGUCUACUUCCGGGCGGUGAACAUCACGGGGCAGUGGCCCGAGGCCGAGGCGAAGGGCGGGCUCCACUUUCACGCGCAGGGCGCUGCGGGCGCAAGGGCCGAGUGGAUAAGCUUCGGUGGCGUCAGCCUGAAGGUCGCACACGGGCACACCCAGCAGGGCAUCCGGUAUCUGAACGUUUACGUCAGGCACCUCUCAGAGGCCAGCCUUCCCAUUGGAGGGCUGCUCGGAGAGGACGACCACGAAAUGGCUGCGACCCCUGUGACAUACUGCCAGCGCAGCAUUUCUCUCUUGUCGACUGGCUCAAGCGCGCUUGCUGCUUCGAGCGCAGAGGCAAGCCUGGAGUAGGUCGAAUCACCUCUUGAGUGGCCCGCUUAGCGGACCAACGUUUGCUCUCCGCAGGAAGCACUUGUACACCCCCAGGAGUCACCUGGGCAUCCCUACCGGCCAUGACCACCGUGUGCUUUUGGAUGGGGUUUUGAUCCUCUUGGCCCGCGGAUGAUCGCCAUGGCCAGGCAUGGUGGUGGUGGUGCAUAGGCGUUUUCUGUGUAAGCGGAGUGCCCUCGGUUUCCCCAACGCUGCGACGGACCACAGACUGCUUGUGAGGAACCGCCAAGGGCCCAAAAUGUUAUUGUAACCGCCAGGAGAGCAGCAGCAGGUGGAACAGCCUGAGAAGAGCGAUCAGCACGAG